AUAAAUACUGCACAAACAGUGCUCAAGGCGACGCGUAAAAUCACAGAGAGAGACAUUAGAACGACGUAUAUUCCGACGUAAAGCAGAUAGCUUUUUUUUGCAUCGCGAUAAAUGUAAGUGAAAUCAACAAACAAGAGAUUAUGUGCAAUGCAGUGAAUUCAAUGCAUUGCACGAAGAACGGAACGUAACAGGAUCACGUUCGGUGCUAAUUAUAGAUCAGGCUUUAAAAUUUUAAUGGGAGCUUUUAACUCAAGUCCGGCCAUGGAUGUGCGCGAAAUUCUAUUGUCUACAUCAGAUUCAGAGGAUGGGUCAGAUUCAGAAACUAAUUAUGCACUAAUCUUUCAGAGGUUAAUUAGAAGAUACGGAAGCUCAUUGACUCCCAACCCACCUGGAGAGGGAUUUGUUAUGAGCCAAAGGAGGCCCAGAAUAAAAAAAUUUAAACCAAACACUGCAAAAUUAGAUGCUAGUGAGUUUUACUAUAUGACAAAAAUGGAUGCUGGCUUGGGUACUUGCAUUGAUAAGUCUGGAGUGAAUGUUGCUACAUUAUUAAAAGAAAGAGAGUGUGGAAAGUUUAGGAAUGAGACGUUUUCAAAUUACAAGAGAUGCAGGAUUGCCAACAAUUAUAUACCAAACAAAAUGGGGAUUUUUGAUCAUUAUGAUGGAAAAGUAUUCUGUGGUACGUUUUCUGAGGAUGGUGAAUAUUUUAUUACAGCUUCACAAGAGCAUGUUAUCAGGGUAUACAAAACUAACAAUGGCGAUUACGAAUUAAUUCAACGUUUAAAUGCCCGUGAUGUUGGCUGGAGCGUUAUUGAUGUUGCAUUCAGUCCGAAUAACGAAAACUUCAUCUAUUCCACAUGGUCGACGUCAAUUCAUUUAUGUUCUGUUGGGGGCAAUCCAAAAAAGCAGGAGCCACUCAAAUUAGUUAACACAGCUCGACGAUUUUGCGUGUUUUCAUUGGCAUAUUCUUCAGAUGGACAGGAAAUUUUAGGUGGAGCUAAUGAUGGCGUUAUGUUCAUCUACAAUUUGGAACGAAACAGACGCACGUUAAAGAUCUCAGCGCACGAUUUUGAUGUAAACACAGUGAAAUUCGCUGACCACUCAUCGCACAUCAUUUACAGCGGCAGUGAUGACGGAUUGAUAAAAGUAUGGGACCGUCGUACAUUCGGUGAGGAAGUCACAUCGAAACCUGUCGGAGUUUUUGCCGGUCAUCAGGAUGGUAUUACCUAUAUAGACGCUAAAGGUGAUGGUAGAUAUUUGAUAUCAAAUAGUAAGGAUCAGAGUAUCAAGUUGUGGGAUGUAAGGAUGUUUAGUACAGAAGAAGCAAUGGCGGAAACACGGCGAUCUAUUCAUGAACAGACCUGGGAUUAUCGCUGGCAAACUGUUCCAAAACGAUUAUCAUCACUUCCUACAAUAACUGGUGAUACUUCUGUGAUGACAUAUAAAGGACACGUUACCACGAGAACGUUGAUUCGAGCACGGUUUUCACCGCUGAGAAAUACAGGCCAGCGGUAUAUUUAUACUGGGUGUGGAUCUGGAAGAUUAAUUAUUUAUGAUGCUUUAACUGGAAAAAUAGCGAGAGAGGAACGUAAACAUAGUUAUUGUGUGCGAGAUGUAUCAUGGCAUCCGCACUAUAAUGAAAUUUUCACAUCAUCAUGGGAUGGUACUGUUGGCCGCUGGUACUAUGCUUCUAAAGAUGAAAAACCAAUCGAGUUGUGUCCGGUGUUAAGACGAAGCUCACGCAUUGCGUCACGCAAUAAUAAUUCGACACGACCGAUCGUGUGGGAAAUACGCCGUGCUGUAGAAAUGGAAAGGUGUACGUAUCCUAUGCGCGAUCCAAAUUGAAGUUACGAAAAGGAAGAGUGAGAAAUCCAGAGAACUACCGCUGGUUGCCCCCUUAUAGUUACGCACUACCCGAAUAUAGCAGUGGGGGAAGAUGCACUGCUACGCGCCUGUAAAUACUGGUGGUUGGGACGGGAUCCAAACACUGGCAGCCGAUAUUGGUGGAUGCAUUGCUUACAUUGUUAAUGAUUUACAGUUACUAUUUUAAUUGUACCACAUGCUUCAAUUCCAGUCAGGAACUUUCUCAUCACAUCCUCCUCAAGGCCCCAACAAUUGAUGUCGUUUUGUAUUUGGUUUCCAAUCUUUUCUGAAGUCUGACACAAUAUUAUAAAUUAAUGUUUGAAA